CCAAAUAAGUCUUUUGCGUAGAUCCAGAGGCUCAAGGCCAAAGCAGAAACAAUCACCACCGAAACCAGUCAAGCCUAAAAUAAUUUUCAAAUGCGAGAUUGUCGCCUAACUCCGCAGUCCAGAAAAACUCACACAUGCGAGAGUCAGAGUCAGACAAAACCAGCACAGAGCCGCCAUUGAAGCCUAUUCGCUACCUUUAGCACCUUUACUUCUAGACAGUUUCUCUCUGUUAGAUGCAUGUCUGCAAUUCUUAGAGUUUGUCAGAUGAUGGGCAUCUUCGCUAGCGAAAACCCAGGUCUCAAGAUCCAUCUUUUCUCCUUCCUCUUCACUUUCUCCUCUCUUGCUCUGUUUUGCUCUGCUGCCAGUUCAAUUACGCAAGGCCAACCUUUAAGAGAUGGAGAUACUCUUAUUUAUGACGGCUUCGAACUGGGAUUCUUCAGCCCGAAGAAUUCAUCGUCCCGGUACGUUGGGAUUUGGUAUUACAACAUUUCAGAGCCAUCAGUCAUAUGGGUUGCAAACAGAGAGAGGCCAAUUUUUGAUAAAGCUGGGAUCUUGAAAAUUGGAAGCGAUGGGAAUGUGGUGGUUUUAGAUGGAAAUAACACCGCAGUCUGGUCUAGCAAUGUUUCAGCCUCCUCUAACUCCACGGCCAUACUCAAUGAUGAAGGAAAUCUUGUUCUUUCAAGCAGCGGCGAUACCAGCAAGGAGUAUUGGCAGAGCUUUGGUGACCCAACAAAUACAUUUUUGCCUGGCAUGAAAGUUGAGGUGAAUUCUGCAAAAGGAGAGAACAGGUUUUUGACUUCAUGGAAGUCAGAAAAUGAUCCAUCUCCAGGAGCGUAUUCGAUGGGAGUUGAUCCACGCGGAUCACCACAGAUAGUGAUAUGGGAAGGAUCAAAUAGGCGGUGGAGAAGUGGGCAUUGGAACAAGCAGUUGUUUAUUGGUGUUCCAAAUAUGCCAACUACAUAUUCAUAUGGUUUUAAGCUUAGUGAUGAGAAUGAGAAUGAGAGUGGAAGCAUGUAUUUUACUUACACACCAUGGAAUGCUUCAGAUAAGUUGAGGUUUCAGAUAAGGUGCGAUGGGUAUGAAGAGCAGCUUAGGUGGGUGGGAGAUAAAAACCAGUGGGAAGUGAUACAGUCUCAGCCUAACAAGUCCAAUGACUGUGAGCUUUACAACAGGUGUGGCAAGUUUGGGGUCUGUAGUGCAUCGCAUGGUUCGGGUUCGGAGUGUAGUUGUAUGCAUGGAUUUCAACCAACGGAUUGGGAUCAAUGGAUUAGGAGAAAUUGGUCAGAUGGGUGUUCUAGGAAGACCCUGUUACAGUGUCAAAGAAAUAGAACAAUUGGAACAGAGGAAAAUGAUGAAGAAGAUGGGUUUGUAGGUCUAAGGUGUGCCAAGUUGCCUGAUUUUGCAGACUUAGUUGUUCCUGGUUCAGAUGAGAAUUGUGAGGAGAUUUGUCUUAAGAAUUGUGAUUGUACUGCAUAUGCAUUUGUUCAAGGGAUUGGUUGUAUGAUAUGGACAGAGGACUUGCUGGAUGUCCAAAAAUUUACGAAGGGGGGAAAUACGUUGAACAUUCGUCUUGCGCAUUCUGAUUUAGGUGGCAAGAAAAAAUUAUCGACCCCUGUGAUAAUAGUAAUUUCUGUAGCGGGAGCACUCUUCUUAGUCAUCUUCAUGUUGCUAUUAUGGAGGUUUAAAGCAAAACUGAAAGUGUUGCCCACCACUUCUUCUAUUUCAUGGUUGAGGAACAACGAUCCACCAAUGCUCAAUGCUAGCAAGAGCAAUGAAUUCUCAACAGAUGUUUCAGGGUCAAUUGACCUUUUUGCAGAAGGGAAUCAAGUAAAUGGAUCUGAGUUACCAUUGUUCAAUUUCACUUGUGUAGCAGCUGCUACAAAUAACUUUUCUGAAGAAAACAAGCUUGGGAAUGGGGGUUUUGGUACCGUCUACAAGGUGAAUUUAUAUGAUGAGCCUGUCUGCAAGUAUUAA